AUGGCUGACCAUCAAAUUGAGAAGGCUUACCAAAAGCAACACCUGUUCCAAAAUGCCAAGGCUCGAGGUGGGCAGAAAGUCUCGACGAAGGAGAAGCGAUGGUACAAGGACGUCGGUCUGGGUUUCAAGACGCCUGCCGAGGCGAUCAACGGCACAUACAUUGAUAAGAAGUGCCCAUUCACUGGCGAUGUCUCAAUACGCGGGCGUAUCCUCACUGGUCGGGUAGUAUCCACUAAGAUGACCCGCACCAUCAUUAUCCGAAGGGAUUACCUUCAUUACAUCCCCAAGUACAACCGUUACGAGAAGCGACACAAAAACUUGGCUGCCCACGUUUCUCCCGCUUUCCGUGUUGAGCUUGGUGAUAUCGUCACUGUUGGUCAGUGCCGACCACUGUCGAAAACUGUGCGAUUCAAUGUUAUUCGGGUGGCCAAGAACAAGGCCGCUGCAAAGUCGUUCGGGAAGUUCUAG